UGCGGGGCAUGCGCGCUGCGGCGCCACCGCCCUCCCCCACACCUUCCCGCGGCAGAGAUAUGCCAAGUAUGUGAGGAGCCGGCGAGGGCCAGCGCCGGUCAUGGCGAGCCGCCGCCGCCGCCUCCGCGGUUCUCUCCGCCGCCGGGCUCCGACCUCUCCCUGAGGCGCAGGGGAUGGCGGACCCUCUGAGGAGGACGCUGUCCAGGCUCCGGGGAAGGCGGGGUCCCCGCGGCGCCGGGGGGCUCAGGCUCCGGACGGCUGCCGCAGCUGCGGUGGCGACCUCCCCGGUGGCCGAGGGAGACGCCUGGGGUGGUCCGGACUGCCCCGGACGAGAGCGCACCGGGGAAGCCGGACCGAGGCCGAUGCAGCCCCCGCCGUCACCUGGGGCGUGGAGCCCCGGAGCGCAGGGUCCCGGAGGCCGCCCGGGGCAGUCGGGGGCGCUCCGGCCUCGGCCGCGCGGCGGGCAGAAGGUCGCCCCCGGGGGCCACGGGCGGGCUCGCGCCUCUCUGCACGCCCCUCCGAGCUCCCGGCGGGAGGAGGAAGAGGAAGAGGACGCCGAGGACCCCGACGCCGACUACUACGAGAACCUCCCCGGCGGCUCUCCGCCCGCGCCCGAGGGGGCGGAGGCGCAGCGGCGGCCCCCGCCUCCCCCCGCGGCGGGCUCCUCCCCGGGGGCGGAGGGCGGCCGCCUGGAGACGGGCAGGCUGCGGACCCAGUUGCAAGAGGCCUAUUAUCUGCUGAUCCAGGCCAUGCACGACCUGCCCCCUGACUCCGGCGCGCGGCGUGGUGGCGGGGGCUUGGCCGAGCACGGCUGUCCCACGGGAGUCUGGGCUCCGUGCCAGCCGUCUUACCCCGGCGGCGCUGCGGACCGCCAAGCCUGCCCUCGAGACUGGCAGUGGGGAGGCGGCGACCGCCCGAGGCUGCAGGUGUCCCCGCCCCGGUCGCCUCCGAGGGAGUCGGGGGGAGGCCGGCUGGGGACUCCUCGUAUGCGGCUGCAGUGCAGCCGAAGCCUCGAGAGCCUCCGGGUGGAUGCCAAGCCACUUCCCUUCCAGCGGUGGCCGAGCGACAGCUGGAUCAGGUGUGGCGCGCGCCAGGACUGGGACGAACCCCCGCCACGUGGAGGCAGGAUGGACCGCUGGCGCGGGGGCAGCGCCCGGGCUGUGGCGCCCGCCGGCCUUCUGCCUCCGGGCUCCAAGGGCCCCGGCCGCUCCUCGGGAAACUCUUUUGGGGAUCCAGCGGGGUCCUCUGUUUUACGCUGUGGCAAAGGUGACCGCCAGGAGGGGCCCCUCAAGCCUCCUGCAGUGACAGUCAAGAAACUGCAGAAAUGGAUGUACAAAGGGCGCCUGCUGUCCCUAGGAAUGAAGGGUAGUGGCCGUGGGACAUACCCCAAAGUCACUGGAGCGCAGGCUUCCUCCCCACAUUUGGGCGCUGUGAAGGUACAUGAAAACCGAGUCCUCUCUGUGCCACCAGACCAGAGAAUUACGUUCACAGAUUUAUUUGAAAAUGUCUAUGGGUCUUCAAUGAAGAGACAAGAGCUUAAAGAUCUGAAGGAUAAAAUUGAAUUCAGUGGUCAAAAGCCACUGAACAGCAUCACUGUUUCGAAGAAACGCAAUUGGUUAUAUCAGAGCACUCUGAGAUCUCUUAGUCUUGAAGAAGAAAAUAAGAGAUGCCAAGAUAGAAGUCAGUUCUCCAUCUCACCGGUGUCUCUACCUGAACUUCAGCUAUCACAACCUUUCUUCCGAUCGUCUGAAGAAUACUGCACACAUAUGAUGUGUAAUGCUACGAAUUCUUCAUUAUCAAGAAACUGUUCUGUAGACCUUAAUGAGGAAAAUGAUGCAGAUGAUGAAGGAGAAAUAUGGUACAACCCUAUUCCUGAGGAUGAUGACCUUGGUACAUCACGUGCCUUGAGUUUUGGUGAGGCAGACUCUGCUGUUCUAAAGCUUCCCGUUGUCGGUUUGAGCACAUUAUCUGGUAGUGACCUGACGAAAGCAGAGCAGCAUCCUGAAGACUUGCUGUGCUCUUCCGAACAUGCAAGUGAUAUUCAAGCCAUGCAGUCAAGUGAAAUGAAUCCUAUAGACUCCAUUCAUUCCACAGAACUUGUGCAGCAGUACAAGCAAAGGCUGGGACAUAAGACCCAAGAAUGUAUAAUGGUGGAGGACAGUCCCUUGUUGAAAUCUCCUUUUGCAGGUCCUGGGGUCCUAGCUGCUACAAAUAGGACUGAAUUAGGAGUUACAGAACCAUCUUCUCCAACCCCUAGCCCUGUGAAAAAAGGCAAUUCAAUUAAUUGGUCUUUGCCAGAUAAAAUAAAAUCUCCACGAACUGUGAGGAAACUUUCCAUGAAAAUGAAAAGGUUGCCAGAAUUUAGCCGAAAGCUGAGCGCUAAGGGAACCCUGAACUAUAUAAACAGUCCAGAUAAUACUCUUCCUUUGUCUAAAUGUAACUGUCAAGAAAUUCAUCACACUGUUCUUCUCUCUUCUGGGAACACAGCCACAGCUGCCAAGAGGAAUGUUAUAAGUCGGUACCAUCUUGAUACCAGUGUAUCUUCUCAGCACAGCUACCAGAAGAAAACCUCUGCGAGUUCGAAGUAUUCCUGUAAAGGUGGUUACCUCAGUGAUGGAGACUCACCUGAACUUAUAACUAAAUCUAGCAAACAUGGGUCUGAAAACAAAUUUGGAAAAGGAAAAGAAAUAAUUUCUAAUAAUAGUAGCAAGAAUGAAAUAGACAUUGAUGCUUUUAGACAUUACAGCUUUUCUGAUCAACCCAAGUGUUCACAGUACAUAUCUGGGCUCAUGAGUGUGCAUUUCUAUGGUGCUGAGGAUUUAAAACCACCCCGGAUAGAUUCAAAAGAUGUCUUCUGUGCAAUUCAGGUAGAUUCAGUAAACAAAGCAAGAACAGCUUUGCUCACAUGCCGGACAACAUUUUUAGACAUGGAUCACACUUUCAACAUCGAAAUUGAAAAUGCGCAACAUUUGAAACUAGUAGUAUUCAGUUGGGAACCCACUCCAAGAAAAAAUAGAGUUUGUUGUCAUGGAACUGUAGUUCUUCCCACCUUAUUCAGAGUAACAAAGACACAUCAAUUGGCUGUCAAACUUGAGCCCAGAGGUCUUAUUUAUGUGAAGGUGACUCUUAUGGAACAGUGGGAGAAUUCUCUUAAUGGGCUAGAUAUAAAUUGUGAACCAGUAAUAUUUGGAGUUGAUAUUCGAAAAGUUGUAGAGAAAGAAAAUAUAGGAUUGAUGGUGCCACUCCUGAUACAGAGAUGUAUUACGGAAAUUGAAAAGAGAGGCUGUCAGGUAGUAGGCCUAUAUCGAUUAUGUGGUUCGGCUGCAGUCAAGAAAGAACUUCGAGAGGCUUUUGAGAAAGAUAGCAAAGCUGUCAGUCUCUGUGAAAACCGGUACCCAGAUAUAAAUGUAAUAACAGGUGUUCUUAAGGAUUACUUAAGAGAACUUCCUUCUCCUCUGAUAACAAAGCAGCUUUAUGAGGCUGUGUUAGAUGCAAUGGCAAAAAGUCCUUUGAAAAUGUCAUCCAGUGGUUGUGAGAAUGACCCCAGUGACUCCAAGUUUGCUGUUGACCUGCUAGAUUGUCUGCCAGAGAUUGAGAAGGAAACCCUAAAGAUGUUGUUGGAUCAUUUGAAACUGGUGGCUUCUUAUCAUGAAGUAAAUAAAAUGACCUGCCAGAAUUUGGCUGUGUGCUUUGGGCCAGUAUUAUUAAGUCAGAGGCAAGAAACUUCAACCCAUAACAACAGAGUCUUUACUGAUUCGGAAGAACUUGCAAGCGCUUUAGAUUUUAAAAAGCACAUUGAAGUUCUUCAUUAUUUACUCCAGCUCUGGCCAGUGCAACGUUUAACUGUCAAAGAAUCAACAAACAAUUUGUUCCCAGAGCAGAAGUCAUCUCUGAAUUAUUUAAGGAGGAAGAAAGAACGGCCUUACAUGUUAGAUUUGAGCGGUUCUGAUUCAUCAGGAGUUCUUAGACCAAGACAAACCAGAUUAGACAGUCCACUUAGCAAUCGUUAUGCAGGAGACUGGAGCAGCUGUGGAGAAAACUACUUUUUAAGUACAAGAGAAAACUUAAAUGAUGUGGAUUAUGAUGAUGUCCCUUCAGAAGACAGAGAAAACGGAGAAAAUUAUAGCAAAAUGAGUGGACCAGAAAUAGUGAUUGAACAGCCACUUCCCAUGUCCAAAGAGCGCACAUUUCAGACAUAUUUGACAAUGCAGACUAUUGAAUCUACAAUGGAUAGAAAAGUCAAUCUCAAAGAUCUACAAGAAAGUAUUGAUACUUUGAUUGGAAAUCUGGAACAUGAGCUCAACAAAAAUAAGCUAAUAUGAGUAUUUGAGAUUGAGAGUUUUUAUUUGAUCUUUCAGAAUGCCUUAAAGUUUCGGAUCUAUCUUUCUCACUUUCUUUUCUUUCUUACUUAUACCUCCCACAGUGAUGUUUUUUAUUUUUUUACUCUUGAAAUUUUCAGUUCAUUUCUAAUAAGUUUGUGAUUGAACUAAAAACAUUAUUCACUCAUAUAGUUUUUACUUACUAGAACACUUUUCUGGGGAUAAAAAUAACUUGGACUUCUUGGGAUAUUUUAAUAAAUCUUGCCAACUCUGUGGAUAUAAUUUUCACAUGCAUUUAGAAGGUUUAGGCAAGUCAUUAGCCCCUCAAGGUUUUAGUACUUUGUGGGAACUGCUAUUCUGUAGCUAAGAUGUUUCUUUAGAGGAAGGACACUGCUGCUCAGUCUGAUUUUCAGUGUGAGUCCUGGUACGAUGAAACAUCAUUUGGUCACAUUUCAUUUGCAGUGCAAAUGCUGCUAUAAAAACUUUUUAUAAGUAAAAGUAUACAAAUAUUAAUGUAUUCCGUAUUAACAUUCAGUAAUUAUUUAAGUUUAUAAGAAUUAAAUAUUUUUAUAAUCCUGAAAUUAUGUAUAUUUAUAAGUGCACAUAUAUAUAGAAGUAUUAGAAUGGAGGGGUUGCCUAUAGAAGCACAUGUAUUUUUAAAGUAUAUAUGUCAUGAGGCCAAAAUCAUUAGCUUGUAAAUGUCUUUUUCAGGGAAAGGACAUUUAAAUGAAAGGAGUUACAUAAAAACACUGACCAAAACCACUCUAGAAGCAUCUGAUUGGAAAUAAUAAACUUUAUUUUCUUGAUUCACAGAAAGUCACAGUAUCGUCUGUGAAAAAUCAUCUUUUUUUUUUUUUUUUUUAAGACAGAGUCUCAUCUUGUUGCCCAGGCCAGAGUGUGGUAGCAUCAGCCUAGCUCACAACAACCUCAAACUGCUGGGCUCAAGCAAUCCUCCUGUCUCAGCCUCCCAAGUAGCUGGGACUACAGGCACCCCCAACAACACUGGGCUUAUUUUUUCUGUUUUUAGUAGAGACAGAGUUUAGCUCUUGUCAGGCUAGUCUCCAACUGAGCUAAAGGGAUCUUCCACCCCAGCCUCCCAGAGUGGUAAGAUUAAAGAUGUUAGCCACCAUGCCCAGCCAAAAAGUCAUCUUUUAAACUUACAAUUCUCUAACUCCUUGAGGGAUUAAGUACACUAACUCUGCAUGGGUAACUUGGGUUAAAAAAAACUUAAUCUAUUCUGUGCAUUUUUAUAUUCUGCUUUAUUUAUUUGUAGUAGUACAUUUAUGACACUGACUUUAUAAUUACCCUCAUUUGUUUUUAAAGAAAUCAUCUUGCCAGUUUAUUGCAUGUUAUUUUUUAAAAUUAACUUAUUUUGGCUAAAUGUAUCUAAAAAGUAGUCAUUAUGGCAAUCAUAGUGGUGUUUAAAAAAUGUAAUUUUAGAAGCCUUUUUAUUAAAUCAAAAUCUAUUUUUUUAACUUUUAUACCUAAAGAAGGUGUAAUUUUAAAAUUACAGUAAAACUUAAAUUACCAGCUUUUAAGAUAUAGUAUCCAUUAAAAAACUGACUUCCCGAUGCUUUUCUAAAUAUUAAAGAAAUUAACUAUUUCUAUGCAAUAUAUAUUGGUAAACAGAAUACCUUUGUUAUUUAAUUUGAAAAUCCAUUAUUAAAAAAGAUAACUAUAAAAAAAGAUAACUAUUUUUAUAUGAAAUUUUCCUUUUUUAAAGCUUUAUGUCAAAAUUCAGAAUACCGAAAGAACAUACGUAUUGCGCAAAGGAAAGUACUUUUAAAUAUUUUAUAGGAAGACUGAUUUACUUUUUUCCUUUUUGUUUGCUAUUUAUGUAUAUUGUAUGAAUUGAGUAAGUUGUUUCAGAAAUGUAAAAAUUUUAUUAAAGUAUUGUAACCUUGAUGUCAUGCUAUUCUCAUAAUGAUUUUAAGGAUCAUUUAUUUUAAUAUUCUUUUUAAACAAAGGUGUUAAAGUAUUGGACCAUCAUGUAUUAUCUAUAAAUAUAUAUAUUAACAUUUAUUUGCCUAAAAUUUAAUUUUCCAGGGUCUGAAAUACUUAAGAGCCAUGCUUAUAUUACUAUAUUAUUGUAUUAUUUUGGAUGGGGAUAGUUUUAAAGUUAAUAUCUGUCUUCUUAUAAAGAGAAUUCUCAACAUUUUUUGCCUAAUCAUUGAGUCAUAAUUAUAAACCUCUUUUAUAUUCUUUGUUGCACUAGAAGUGCUGAAUAAGUUUAAAUGCCUUUACUUUAAAUAUCCUUUUAUUUCAAAUCAUUUUUGAGUUUUUGUACCUGCUUUUUUAUUAUUUCCUGGUAUCUUUCCACACUGUCUGCUAUCAUUCCUUUAUGAGCCUGCUAGCUCUCAUGCCUUUAAUUUUCAAGCAAAUGGCUGAAUAAAACUUUUAUUUAAACAGUCCUGCCACCCACACCAAUUUCACUUCUCAGAGGUAACGGCAUGUUUCUUCAUUUGUCAUUUAAGCAGAAUAUUUCUAUUAUGAAUGAUAAGCAAUUUAUCUCACUCCAUUUCUUCGUACCAUUUUUGCUGUGUUGUUAGUUCUCUGUUUGUUUUCCUGUGUAGCUUAAUUAAUAAUCUUUAUUUUUGAUCCAUCGUUUUUAGACAGUCUUUGUUGAUUCCCUGCCAUUGAAGACGUGACCAUCCCCCUCACUGCUACCCUUACCUCCUAACUUCCAUGAGUUAUACUGAGAGUUUUUAUAAUCAGCGUUAAUACAUGUAUAUUAUUUUGUGGGACUGUACUUAAGUUCUUUUAUGUAGUAUAUGGACUCUAAGAACUUCAGUCAGUAAUUAGGAGUCCCACUGAAUUACACAAAAGUAUUCACAGGCAAACCAGCUGAUUUCUUUCUUCCAACGUUUCUAAUCUUAUGUCCUUAAGUCUGUGCUGAUUUAAGCAGACUGUUCCAAGCAGAAGUCAAAUGGAUUUUUUGCUUAUUAGCCAUCAGCUCCUCCGAAUCAUAACAUACAUCAUUUGCUUCAUGAUUGAGUCAUGACUUUAACAGAUUAUUAUUAUUUUUCCUGGAGUAUAUAAUUGCCUUUAUUUCUUGAACAGAAGAAGAAUCCUUUCCUUACUGUAAUUCAGCUCUCCUUUUGGUCAUACUGUUGAAUUACCAAAUUUGUGGAGUGCUUUUAGCUCUCGUCCUGGGAUUCCUAAAGCUUAUUCUUAUCUUUUUAUUUUUCUUAUAUCUUCUUCAUUAUAACCCUAAGAUCAUUUUAUGCUUCUCUUUUUUGAGACAGAGUCUCAGUUGCCCUGCAGUUGAGUGCUGUGGCAUCACAGCUUACAGCAAUGUCAAACUCUUGGGCUCAAGCAAUCCUCUUGCCCCACCCUCCCAAGUAGCUGGGAUUACAGGUACCUGCUACAAUGCCUGGCUUUUGUUGUUGUUGUUGACGUUUAAACAGUCCUUUAAUACUUGGUUCUAUAGUCGUAAUCUUUUUUUUUUUUUUUUAAUUCUUUGGGAUUCAUUGAGGGUACAAAGAAUUAGGUUAAACUGAUUGCAUUUGUUGGAUAAAAAUCUCUCUUAAAAUUUUGUCCUGCCUGCCCAGCUAUCUUUUUAGAGACGGGAUCUCACUUUUGCUCAGGUUGGUCUCAAACUUGUGAGCUCAGGCAAUCCACCUGCUUGGCCUCCAGAGUCCUAGGAUUACAGGCGUGUGCCACCGUACCUGGUCCCAUUUUAUGUUUUUUUUUUUUUUUUUUAAUUUUUUAAAUUCUUUUAUUAAAUCAUAAACACAUAGAUCAUGUAUACAUUAAUGCAUGAAAGUACAUUUUAUUUUAUUUAUUUUAUUUUUUGAGACAGAGCCUCAAGCUGUUGCCCUGGGUAAAGUGCCGUGGCAUUACAGCUCACAGCAACCUCCAACUCCUGGGCUCAAGUGAUUCUCCUGCCUCAGCCUCCCAAGUAGCUGGGACUACAGGCGCCCGCCACAAUGCCUGGCUAUUUUUUGGUUGCAGCCGUCAUUGUUGUUUGGUGGGCCCAGGCUGGAUUCGAACCCGUCAGCUCAUGUGUAUGUGGCUGGUGCCUUAGCCGCUUGAGCCACAGGUGCUGAGCCUAUGUUUUGUUUUGUUUUAAUUGAGAUAAAAUCUCGCUUUGUUGCCCUGGGUAGAGUGCUGUGGCAUCAUAGCUCACAGCAACCUCCAACUCUUGGGCUCAAGCAAUUCUCUUGCCUCAGCCUCCCUAGUAGCUGUGAAUUACAGGUGUCCGCCACAACACCUGGCUACGUUUUUUGUUUGUUUGUUUGUUUAGAAGGCCCUGGCCGGGUUUGAACCCACCAGCACCAGAGCAUGUGCCUGCUACCCUAACCACUGAGCUAUGGGCACCCACCCCCAUUUAAUGCUUUGCAACUUUAUCAAAUUUGGACAAAGUGAUUUUAGCUACUUUAGGAUUUUCUUUGUACUGCUAUGGUCUUUUUGUGGAUCCUACUCUUUCUUGAGUUUGUUUUUCUGGUUGUUUGCUGAAAUAUAUUUACACACGCCUUUUUUAUCCCCAGGAACAGUACAUGGGAGAUAAACUCUGAAUCCUUCAUGUCUGAUGAGACUUAUUUUUCCUCACACUUCAUUUUUAUUGGAUCUUCAGUUCCAUGUUUAAGCUGAUUUUCCCUUUGAAGGUAUUUCACUAUUAUCUGCAGUUAUCCAGUUUUGCAGUAAUCUAGGCUAGAAAGAAGAUAAUUCAGACCAGGAUAGAAAGAAUAGAAAUGGCGAGAAAUGGUUGUAUUCUGGAUACAUUUUAAAGUAGGAGCUAAAAAAAUCUGCUAGUGGACUAGGAAAGGGAUAGGGCCUAAGCAGAUGAAGGAUGGAGUUGCCAUCAAAAGAGAUUGAAAUGAUUCCAUAUUUUUGAGUUCUUUGUAGUGUAUGUUGCUAUUGUUAAUAUAGUAGUUAUUAAAAUGCCUUAUAACAUCCCAUAAGCAUUAGUAUUGAUGCUGUGUACCUGAUGGUGAUGCUCACAAGAGUUACUGGUAAAAUAAGAAGGCAGGAAGAAUUCAUAUAUAUAUCUAAGAAAAAUCCCACAUAGUGACUGUCUUUGGAAAUUUUCAGAUUGUGUAGCUUUAUAUGUCGGGAUCCUACAAGAAAAAGGGUUAGAUACUGGUAUGGUUCCUGAAAAGAAUUUAGUUUCCAGAACACAAAUUGACAGGAUUUUUUAAAUUAAAAACCAGUUAUGAUAAUGUUGUCUUAUGUUUAAUAAUUAGUUCUAAUUUGAGUCUUACUGACCUGAGAACUUUGGUACAAAAAGAAAAAACGUUCAUUUACUCUUUUCCUAACCAAUUUUCUUUUUGAAUUCAAUAAGACUCACAUUUGAUAAACAUUGAAGUUCCACAGGUCAGAGUGUUGGUACUCUUCUGCCUUAACCAAAAACUAAUCCCAACAGGUACAGAAUUCAUUGAAAAAAUGAUGUGUCAAAGGGAAGGAUAUUUUAGGGUGCUAAAAAUCUUUUGUGUCUUGAUCUCAGUGGUUUCGUGGGUGUUCACAUAUCAAGUUUCAUACUUUUAAGGUUUGUGCCCUUAAUAUAAGUCAUGCCUCAAUCUUUUAAAGUAAUUUUUUAAUUUAUUUUUUACUUUUAUUUUUAUUUUUUUUGAGACAGAAUCUCACUAUAUCGCCCUCAUUAGAAUGCGUGGCGUCACAGCUCACAGCAACCUCAAACUCUUGAGCUUAAGCAAUUCUCUUGCCUCAGCCUCCCAAGUACCUGGGACUACAGGCGCCUGGCUAUUUUUGGUUGUAGUUGUCAUUGUUUGGCAGGCCCACGCUAGAUUUGAACCUGUCAGCUCCAGCAUAUGUGGCUGGCGCCCUAGCUGCUGAGCCUAAAGUAAUUUUUUUUUAAUGGGAAAGCCUAGAGAAAUAGACGUGGAAACUAAGAAAGUCUAGGUUGUGGGAAUGACAGCAGUCAAGGGCACACUUGGUUACACGGCUGCCACCCUGCCACUGAUCAGCCUGUGUGCACCGCUGGGAAUAGUUAGGAACAUCCUGCUUCUCUGCAUCCUUGCUGGUUCUCAGUUCCUGAUGGAAGCAUCAGAUUGUACCCUAACUUCCGGGAGUGAGAGGGCAAUCGGCUGUAUCUCAGUGGUAAACUCUUUGACCACAAGGAGGGAGUUUGCUAGCAGAGUAGGCAAAACAGUGACAAAUGUACAAGCACUUCCCUAGUCCUCAUCAGAACCUUGUUGCUCCCAGAUUGGAGUCUGUCUUACCCUUUGCCGACUUACCCUACCCAUCAACAGGUCUGAGUGCUGUGCCCUGAAACUGCACAUAAGUUUGUCAAGCCACCGUUGUCCCUCUGUCUCUUCCUAGCUCAUCUCUGCUAUCACUCUUUCCUCUCUAUACCCACAGUCCACUCUAUUCAUAGACACUAGUUUCAAAAAGAUAAACCACAUCAUUUCCUUGGCCUUCAUUAUGGCACUGCAGACAUUUAUAGCUUUGAUAACUGUUCACAUUUAAAUCAAAUUGAAGAAAAACUUUAAAAACUAUAUUUAUACUCAUUGUCACUGUCCUAUCAGUCUGGCUUACUUUCAUUUAUCACUAUCUGAAAUUAUUUAUUUCCUUAUUUAUUUAUCAUCAAUGUCCACCUGUCUAAAUGUAAUCUGCCUGGCAGCAGGCACCUCAUACAUCUAGUUCAUUGCUAUGACAUAGAAGAUGUUUGGUUAAUUGUUAAUAAAUGAAUGACUUUAAAGGGAUACUUGGAGAAUGGUUGUCUUUUUUGUCAGAAAAAGAUAAAGGAUUAUAAGAUGCAUGGUCUAUGUAAUUUUAAGUGUUCAUUUCUGAGCAUAAUUAUUUCUGGUUAAGAAAGUUAUCUUUUUUAAAAAAAUUAUUUGUCCUUUUUUUGGGAAAAGUAACAAAAGUAACUCUUCAAGUCAGUAGGUUGGCAAAUUUGGGCUAAUUUUUUGUAGUAAUUGUUUUUUGCUACAAAAACAAUUAGUUUCUGGCUUUUUGUAGAGUUUGGUAUAAAAGUCAUCUAAAUUAUAUGUGUAUAAAAAGGUACAUCUCAUGGGUCAGCGCCGAUUCUGGCUUUUUGUAGAGUCUGGUAUAAAAGUCAUCUAAAUUAUAUGUGUAUAAAAAGGUACAUCUCAUGAGUCAGCGCCGAUAGCUCAAGCGGCUAAGGUGCCAGCCACAUACACCAGAGCUGGUGGGUUCAAAUCCAGCCUGGGCUGCCAAAUAACAAUAACAACUAUAACCAAAAAAAAAAGAAAAUAGCCAGGUAUCCUGGUGGGUGUCUGUAAUCCCAGCUACUUGGGAGGCUGAAGCAAGAGAAUUGCUUAAGCCCAAGAGUUGGAGGUUGCUGUGAGCUGUGAUGCCACCGCACUCUACCCAGGGCAACAGCUUGAGACUCCGUCUCAAAAAAAAAAAAAAAAGGUACAUCUCAUGUUAAGAAAAGAAGGUUAAUAGAAAUAUUUUGUUAAAAAAAUCUUAAUUUAUUUAAAGAAGCAAAAUAUAACCUCUUAAUUUUGGCAUGAUUCUCUUUAGUAUGCACUUUUUCUAGAACUGGAAAAAGCUACUUUUCAUUAUACUAGAAUGUUUUCAUAAGCUUGAAUGAAGCAUAUAAAUACCACUCUUCCUUAUUAGAAAGAAUAGAGAAACCACUUUGGAGACAGACACUCCAUUUAAUGUUCUAAUGUUUUUCUCAAUGUCAAGCACCAGUUUUAAAUGCCCAGCUAUUGCCCUUGGUUGGGCUAACUUCGUCCUUACAAGUUUGAUAAUGACCCUAGACAUGGUUGUAAAUCAUUUAGGUUAAUUUUGCUUUUUCACCUAAUGGAGAUAUAGAUGUAGUGAAAACUUAGGAUUGCCCUGUAUAUUUCAUAUACUUCUUUGACUGGAAGCUCUACUCUUCAAAAUACUCCUCCAAGGACAAUUUGAAAUUUCAGCUUUAACAAAGUGCAAUGUACAUUAACUCAAGAAAAGGGAAAGCCCCUGGCAUUCAAGACAUUCCUUGUGAAAGUGAUGCAAGGACAUGCCUGGAGCUCACUUUUUUUUUAACAGCUGCAGAUAAUGAACAGUGACCCCUUGUUCUUGACCUUUGUUCAAGAAACAAAAUGUUCACCACUCUGUUUGCACCUGUGCUUGUCUGACUUUGUUCCCCCUGUAGCCAUCGUAAAACCCACUCUUUAACCCAAGAGCAAGUUUGAUCAUUGUGCAAGUGAAAACUGCUUGUCUCAACUGGUAGAUAAGAAAUGUCAAAGCCGUUGCCGUCUCAGUUAUGAAUCUGGGUUUGAUCUGUACUCUGUCAAAAUGCACCUGUAAAGCCAAAUGAAUAUACAUGAAGGAAGUCACUUUUGGGGGGUGGGGAUAGAGUCUCACUGUUGCCCUGGAUAGAGUGCCAUGGCAUUAUCAUAGUUCACAGCAACUUCAAACUCUUGGGCUCAAGUGAUACUCACCCUCCUAAGUAGCUGGGACUACAGACAUCUACCACGACCCCUGGCCAGUUAUUCUAUUUUUAGUAGAGACAAGGUCUUGCUCUUGUCAGGCUGAUUUUAGAAUUCCUGAGUUCAAUCCACCUCCCUUGUUCUCCCAAAGUGCUAGGAUAACAGAUGUGAGUCACCUCGCCCAGCCAUCCUUGGCAUUUUUAAAUAAAUAUUUUCAAAUAUAAAAAAAAAGUUUAAAAUUGUAAAGUGAACACCUAUAGAUCUAACACCUGGAUUGUACAGAGUGUCCCCAAAGUCACCCCUUAACAUAUAUAGGGAAAAUGUCCAAAAUGUAGAGAUUAUUUUGUCAAUAUUUUGUAAAAUUUUGUAAUGAAUAUUUUGUAAUUUAUGUACAUAAAGGUACAUUUAGCUACAAUUUCCCAUUUGGAUGGCUAUUAAGAGGCAACUUUUGGGACAGUGUAAGCUUUUUGUUACAUUUUCUUGAUCGCACAUCUUUUCAUAACCUGUCUUAAUUUUUUGGUGCAUUUCAAAGUAAAUCGUGGGCAUCAGUACUCUUCACAGUAAGUGUCAAAAAAAAAAAACCAAAAAAGAAUUAGGGAUGUACUUUGUGUGAUUAUAAUUAAUCUCUAGAAGAUUUGUAUUAAUUCUCCACGAAUUUUAGGAUUCAUCACUGUUAAAAAGAACCAAAAUUCCCA